CCUCCUCCCCUCCCCGCUCCCUGCCCGCUCGCGGUCUCCCUCCCUCUUUCUCCUCCGCGGCUGUCGAGUCGCCUGGCGGCCGCGAACGCCGAACGCCUUGCUCCAGUCCCGGCUCGGAACUGAACUGUGCGCGCGCGCGGGUCCCGGAGCCCAGGGUGCAGGCCGAGAUUCGGACCGAGCCGAGGCGCGCAGCCGGAGGAGAGCCGCGGAGCCGGGCGGUCCCGGAGCGCGGCCGCGGAAGGCGGGGAGACGGCCGCGAGCCGGGGCAGAGGGCAGAGUGCAAGAGCGGCCUGGCCCGGCGGAGGGCGCCGCCCGGCCGGAAGACAGCGAGCCGCCCGGGACGGCGGCCCCGCGUGGGGCGCGCACCCAGGGUGGCCGUGGGGCGGGAGCGACUCCCGGCCGACGGCGGGGGGCGUGCCCCCUCCCAGCCCGGCCCGCCCGCCGCGUCGCCGGGGCAUGUGAGCGCCCGGCCCAGGCUGCCAGCCGCGAGGACCGCCCGCAGCGGGAGCAGGAGCCGCGAGCCCCGAGCCCAGCGCCCGGCUGAGUAGAUGUCCAUGAGGAGCCCCGACUCUGCCCAGCUGGCCCCAGAUGGCGGCGGCACCAUGGUGAACUGCACCAUCAAGUCAGAGGAGAGGAAGGAGCCUGGUCAUGAGGUCCCCCUGGGCGCAGCCACCGAGGAGGAGCCCCAGUCUGCAGACCCAGCCCGCGCGCCCCAGCCGCAGGAGGGUGCUGAGCCCCAGCCUCCAGCGCAGGACUGUGGCUCUCCACGGAGUGAUGGGUCCCCAGAUCCCAAGAGACCUGCAGCCUUGGAGGCUGCAACUGGAAGCCAGAAGCUGGACUUCAGCCAGAACCUGAAGGAAGUGGUGCCGGCCAUCGAGAAGCUGCUGUCCAGUGACUGGAGGGAGAGGUUUCUAGGAAGGAGCUCUGUGGAAGCCAAAGAUGUCAAAGGGACCCAGGAGAGCCUGGCGGAGAAGGAGCUGCAGCUCCUGGUCAUGAUCCACCAGCUGUCCACCUUGCGGGACCAGCUGCUGACCGCGCACUCGGAGCAGAAGAACAUGGCUGCCAUGCUGUUCGAGAAGCAGCAGCAGCAGAUGGAGCUGGCCCGGCAGCAGCAGGAGCAGAUCGCCAAGCAGCAGCAGCAGCUGAUCCAGCAGCAGCACAAGAUCAACCUCCUGCAGCAGCAGAUCCAGCAGGUCAACAUGCCUUACGUCAUGAUCCCAGCCUUCCCGCCGAGCCACCAGCCUCUGCCUGUCGCCCCCGACUCCCAGCUAGCCCUGCCCAUCCAGCCCAUCCCUUGCAAACCAGUGGAGUACCCGCUGCAGCUGCUGCACAGCCCACCCGCCCCUGCAGUGAAGAGGCCCGGGGCUGUGGCCGCCCACCUCCCCCUGCAGGAGCCCUCCCAGCCCCUGAACCUCACAGCCAAGCCCAAGGCCCCCGAGCUGUCCAGCGCCUCCAGCUCCCCCAGCCUAAAGAUGAGCAGCUGUGGCCCCCGCCCGCCCAGCCACGGGGCCCCCACCCGCGACCUGCAGGCCAGCCCCCCGAGCCUGCCUCUCGGCUUCCUCGGUGAGGGGGAUGCGGUCACCAAAGCCAUCCAAGACGCCCGGCAGCUGCUGCACAGCCACGGCGGGGCCUUGGAAAGUGCCCCCAGCGCCCCCUUCCGUAAGGACCUCAUCAACCUGGACUCGUCCCCAGCCAAGGAGCGGCUGGAGGAGAGCUGUGUGCACCCCCUGGAGGAAGCCAUGCUGAGCUGCGACGUGGAUGGCUCCCGCCCCUUCCCGGAGUCCCGGAACAGCAGCCACAUCAAGAGGCCCAUGAACGCCUUCAUGGUGUGGGCCAAGGACGAGCGCAGGAAGAUCCUGCAAGCUUUUCCGGACAUGCACAACUCCAGCAUCAGCAAGAUCCUCGGCUCCCGCUGGAAGUCCAUGAGCAACCAGGAGAAGCAGCCCUACUACGAGGAACAGGCGCGGCUGAGCCGGCAGCACCUGGAGAAGUACCCCGACUACAAGUACAAGCCGCGGCCCAAGCGCACGUGCAUCGUGGAGGGCAAGCGGCUGCGCGUGGGCGAGUACAAGGCCCUGAUGCGGACCCGGCGCCAGGACGCCCGCCAGAGCUACGUGAUCCCUCCGCAGGCCGGCCAGGUGCAGCUGAGCUCCUCGGACGUCCUGUACCCCCGGGCGGCGGGGAUGCCCCUGGCACAGUCGCUGGUGGAGCACUACGUGCCCCCGAGCCUGGACCCCAACAUGCCAGUCAUCGUGAACACCUGCAGCCUCCGGGAGGAGGGCGAGGCGGCGGACGAGCGGCACUCAGCGGCCGACGGCGAGGUGUGCAGGUACAGCGAGGACGACGACUCCGAGGGCGACAAGAGUGACUCGGAGCUGGUGGUGCUCACGGACUGACCCCGCCCCCUGGCACAGCCGGCCGACCCGGACUGAGUUGGUACUUGGCCUUGGAUGUGCCUGGGGCACGGGCGGAGCUGUGCGUUUGUAGAUAAAUUCGUGAGGGAGACCCUUCCCCCACCACACCUCUGGCCUGGGUGGGCGGGGCCUGCCAGGUGCAGAUGGGCCGAGUGGGCUGAGCCCCUGGCCAGCGGGCACUGGAUGAUUUCGUCUCCUGCGGCUCUGCCUACCUGGGGGUGUGGUAGCUACACCCCCAGCCCCCCGAGGUCACUGCUUUGCUUCCACUCCUGUCCUGGCUGGCCCAACACUGGCUCCUCCACCGCCUGACCCCGCCCUGCCCCUGGCUGUCCCUGUGUGUGCACAUCGGUCCCUUCAUUGCGCAAGGUAUUUAUUGAGUGUCCACAGUGGAGCGGCCGCGGGGUUCCCAGGGGACUCUCGCAGCUGCCUGGCUCCGUGCUCCUCUUUGUCCCAAACGGCUACCUCCUUGUCGGUCUCUGUGUCUCAGGUCCCGUGUUCCUGUGUGUGUCCUUGUCGCUCUGUCCCUGGGGGACCCCUGCCCCUCAGCCUCCCUGACAUUCCCUCCCUGGCUCUGCCGGCCAGUUCCCAUGGAACCAUUUUUAGCUCUGCACAGCAGGGACGGUGGCCCAGCCCCUGGUCCCAACCUGAGUCCCAGGAGCGGGGCUGAGAGGAUUCCUGGUGCCCCCCAGAGGCCGUGGCCAGGGGCUGCAGGGCAGCUGGUCUCCACUGCCCCCUUGUGGGCACGGAGUGGGGGUCCCCAUUCUCAGAAGGGUGGGCUUCGUCCUCUCUCACCCUGGGCUCCUGCUACCCCUCCCUGAUCUGAAUCAAAACCCACUGGCACCUAACUCCAAAGAUGUGGACAGCCCCAGCUUGGGGAGGGGGAAGGGGUGGAGUCUGUGCCUGCCCCGCCCCCGCUGCCAUCCAGGCUGUUUCUUUUCUAUGACUGUAAACAUAGAUAGUGCUUUAUUUUGUUAAUAAGAUGAGUAACUUAACCAGCACGGAGACUUCUGUUUUCUGAUGGCAGAAUAAAGAUGACCGUUUCGGA